AUUUUACAUACUCAAAAGAUUGUAUCAAAAUAAAUUACAUACAUAAAAAGUAUUUUAUUACAUAACUAGCAAUAGCUUCAUGUGCUCCAUACUAUUAUUAUUUAUUUUUUUGUGUGUGAAACUUAGCCUGGUUUUCAUUUUACUCACCUCAGAGUGAGAGAAAAGGGAUCAUGAAUUUUCUCUCAAAAUCUGCAAUUUCUUGGCCAUACACACUGUUUAUACUUCUGAAGUUGUCCAUUGAUAUUGGAGCAACUCAAACACAAUGCAAGGAAUCAAGAUGUGGAAAUGGCCCCGCGAUUCGAUUCCCGUUCAGACUCAAAGAUGCUCAACCGAAUCACUGCGGCUAUCCGGGCUUUGAGCUAUCUUGCAUGGGAAAACAUACAGUUCUAGAGCUGCCAAAAUCAGUAAACUUGUUUGUGAAAAACAUAGAUUACAAAUCUCAGUUGAUAGAAUUAUAUGACCCCAAUGAUUGCCUUUUUCUAAAGCUUUUAAAGAUCAAUGGCUCAUCAGUUUCUCCCUUAAGUUUCAUCAAAGAUGAACUUUGUGACUAUACACUGUUUAACUGUUCUGUUUCAGAAGAUUUGGAUUCCAUUGUCAUUCCUUGCCUCACUAGCCCUCAUGGUUACCAAGUUAUUGCUCUUUAUUCUUCAUCCUCCAUUGAAUAUGUGCCCUUGGCAUUUUGUAAAAAAAUGUAUAAUGUAAUUUCUGUUCCUUAUAUUCUUCUCAGCUCUUUUAGUGAGCAAAAGUAUAUUUAUAUGAAUUGGGUUAAGCCCAAUUGUGCUCUUUGUGAAGUUGUAAAAGGAUACGGAUGUCGAUUCAAGGACAAUGGUAGCCAAAAUGAAACUGAGUGUUAUCAAUAUCCAAAACCAAGCCAAACCAAGAAAUUCGUGGCAAUUGGUGCAACAUUUGGUACAAUUGUUCUUACUCUGCUACUUGUAUUGGCUUAUCGCGCUUACAACUCUAAUGAGCAAGAAAAACAUAAUCAACAAAGAUUAGAGAGAUUUUUGGAGGACUACCUAGCUCUAAAGCCAAGCAGAUAUUCUUAUGCUGAUAUUAAGCAUAUUACAAGUCAAUUCAAUGAAAAAUUAGGUGAAGGUGCCUAUGGAGUAGUCUACAAAGGAAAACUCUCAGCAAAAUUCUUUGUUGCUGUGAAAAUCCUUAACAAUUUGAAAGGAAAUGGAGAAGAGUUUGUAAAUGAAGUUGGCACCAUUGGUCGAAUUCACCAUAUCAAUGUGGUUCGUUUGGUUGGUUAUUGUGCUGACGGGUUUAGAAGAGCUCUUGUCUAUGAAUUCUUACCAAAUGGCUCACUUCAACAAUAUAUAUCUUCACCAGAUUCUGAUCAUUUCUUAGGUUGGGAGAAACUUAUGGAUAUUACUUUAGGCAUAGCCAAAGGUAUUGAAUAUCUUCAUCAAGGGUGUGAUCAAAGAAUCCUUCAUUUCGAUAUCAAACCUCAUAAUGUUUUGUUAGACCAUAACUUUGUUCCUAAGCUUUCUGAUUUUGGUUUGGCUAAGUUGUGUUCAAGGGAUCAAAGUAUGGUGUCAGUCUCUACCGCUAGAGGGACUCUAGGGUACAUUGCUCCCGAAGUUUUUUCUAGAAACUUCGGGAAUGUGUCAUAUAAGUCAGAUGUUUAUAGUUUUGGAAUAAUGUUGCUUGAAAUGGUUGGUGGGAAGAAGAUUACCGACGUGAAAGAGGACAACACUAGUCAAGUUUAUUAUCCGGAAUGGAUCUAUAAUAAUCUUGUAGAAGAAAAAGAAGAUGAUGGUAAGAUUGCAAAGAGAAUGGCAAUUGUGGGAUUAUGGUGCAUUCAAUGGCACCCUAAAGAUCGUCCUAGUAUGAAAGUUGUGGUUCAAAUGCUUGAAGGAGUAGAAAAGUUAAGUAUGCCUCCUAAUCCUUUUGGCUCUACAGGCCAAGCAAUAACAAUUGCUGAUUUGCCUAGAAGAAGAGGAAACAAUGUUGAGCUAGAAACUAUAGCUGAGUUAGAGUGAGUAUAAGCUAUAUAAGUUUUACUUGUAAGGAACCUUUUUAGAAUUAUUUCAUAAAUUUUAGACAGAGUUUGCACCUUGGUAAAGUUGGUUAAAAAUUUCUUUGUUCAGUCCCUUAAAAAAAAAUUAAAUUAUUUCUUUGUUCAUGCA